CUGCGAUGCCAUGAGAACAGUUAACAUGCUUUAACAUAGACCAGCAGCAUUAAGUCAGCUACAGAAUACAAGAAGUAAGAGUGUUGUACAAUACUUGUGUUCGUCGAUCAAACAAAGCAUUCGACUGGUUUUGCGUGACGAAAUUGAUCUGAAGAUCUGGUCACGGACCGAAGUGAAAAAUUUAUCAUGACUGUAGACGGAAUGGAUGCGCUCUCUACCCAAUCUGCUGCCAAAUUAUCCGUCCAAGAUGUCAUCGACGCAGUUCACACAGACCCGCACAAUGGACUGACGGAAAAUGAGGUAGAGAGAAGGAGAAAAGCACACGGCUAUAAUGAGUUCGAAUCUGGGGACGACGAGUCUCUAUUUAUGAAGUAUAUCUCACAAUUCAAAGACCCGAUGAUCGGUCUGCUUUUGGCUUCGGCUUUAGUCAGCAUUCUCAUGCGACAAUUCGACGACGCAUUCAGUAUCACAGCUGCAAUAAUCAUUGUGGUCACAGUAGCUUUCAUCCAGGAGUACAGGUCUGAAAAGAGCCUGGAGGAGCUAAAGAAGCUAAUGCCACCAUCUUGCAAAGUAGUGCGCAAUGGGGGCCAGACGGAGACGCUGUUGGCGAGGGAAUUGGUGCCGGGAGAUAUUGUACAUCUGGCAACUGGCGAUAGGGUCCCUGCAGAUCUGCGAGUGAUGCAGUCGGCAGAGCUGUCAUGCGAUGAGUCCUCCUUCACAGGUGAGAACGAGCCUGUGUAUAAGAGUGCGGAGGUUCCUGUGAAUGCGGUAGACAACACUUACCACGUGGCAGGCAGCGAAGUCUCAGAGGGGGACAAGAAGGCACUCUCAACAGUCGCUUUCAUGGGAACCCUAGUCAGGACAGGAAAGGCAAAGGGUAUCGUGAUUGGGACAGGAGAGAACACGCAAUUCGGGGAGAUAUUCAAGCUCAUGCACGAUGUGGAGCCCCCUAAGACUCCCCUGCAGAAGACUAUGGACACCCUAGGACAGCAGUUGUCGCUUUACUCCAUGCUCAUCAUUGGCGUGAUUGUGCUAAUCGGCUGGAUCCAGAAACGACCCAUUCUGGAGAUGUUCACUGUUGGAGUCAGCUUAGCCGUUGCUGCGAUUCCCGAGGGUCUGCCAAUCGUCGUCACAGUCACACUGGCUCUAGGCACAAUGCGAAUGGCCAAUCGAAACGCAAUCGUGAAGAAACUGCCAACUGUCGAAUCACUAGGCUGUGUCAACGUCAUCUGCUCCGACAAGACAGGAACCCUGACUAUGAAUGAAAUGACAGUUACGACAAUCUACACUUCGGACGGAGUCACAGCCGAAACGGAGGGCGUCGGCUACUCGCACGAAGGGGCUGUGUACGUGAAUCAAGAGGCAAUCAAGGACUCUAAGACGUACCCGUCCUUAACGAAACUCAUUCAGGCGUCGUGUCUGUGCAACGAUGCGGACUUCAAAGAUGGUGCUCUGCUGGGUACCCCUACUGAGGGGGCGAUGCUGGCCUUAGGCAAGAAGUAUGGACUGGGAGAUCCCAGACUGCUGUUCCGACGCACCUUCGAGUACCCCUUCAGUUCCGAGAACAAGUGGAUGGCGGUCAAAGGAAUAUACGUCAACACAGAAGAGGAGAUACUGUUCAUGAAAGGAGCCUUAGAAAAGGUGCUCACACAAUGCACGCACACACUGCAAGCUAACAACCCAGUGCCUAUAACUAGUCAUAACACCCAAGAGUACAUCCAGCAGUCCAAGGAACUGGGAUCCAGGGGCCUGAGGGUAGUGGCUGUGGCUACUGGUACCGACCUGGGCAAGCUGACUCUGCUAGGUUUAGUGGGUAUCCAUGAUCCUCCGAGACCUGGAGUUAAACAGGCAAUAGAUACGCUGAGAUCAUCUGGAGUCAGAGUGAAGAUGUUGACGGGAGACGCGGAAGAAACGGCCAAAUCUGUUGCCUCAACUUUGGGGAUUUUGGGCGGCAUCGGCAAGUGUAUGUCUGGAGACGAAGUGGAGCGGCUGAGCAGUAAGGAGCUGGGCGAAAUCAUAGACAACGUUGCGGUGUUCUACCGGGUGAAUCCGAGGCACAAGCUGAAGAUAGUGGAGGCACUGCAGGGUCUGGACUACAUGGUCGGCAUGACAGGGGACGGGGUGAAUGACGCCGUGGCACUCAAACAGGCCGAUAUUGGGAUCUCAAUGGGCAAGACUGGUACUGACGUGUCAAAGGAGGCAGCGGAUAUGAUUCUUGUGGACGAUGACUUCUCCACUAUUUUGAGUGCAGUUGAAGAGGGAAAGGGAAUCUUCUACAACAUCAAGAACUUCGUUCGCUUCCAACUCAGCACAAGCAUCGCUGCCCUGACUCUGAUCGCUACCUCGACUAUCCUGCAGAUACCCAAUCCUCUGAACGCAAUGCAGAUUCUCUGGAUCAACAUCAUAAUGGAUGGACCUCCUGCACAAAGUCUGGGCGUGGAGCCGGUGGAUACUGACGUGAUCAAGUGUCCCCCUCGAAGGGUGCAGGACCCCAUCAUCACCCGACACCUCAUCACCAACGUCCUCAUCUCCGCACUCAUAAUUGUAGUUGGCACUCUCUACGUAUUCAUGCGUGAGAUGAGUGACAAUGAGAUGACCCCUCGUGACACUACUAUGACCUUCACCUGCUUUGUAUUCUUCGACAUGUUCAACGCACUCAGUUGUCGCUCACAGACGAAAUCGAUUUUCCAGAUAGGCUUUUUCAACAACAAGCCCUUCCUGCUGGCAGUGGGUUUGUCUCUAGCGGGACAGUUUGCAGUCAUCUACUUCCCACCUGCCCAGAGAAUCUUCCAGACGGAGGCACUCUAUUUCUCAGAUCUGUUCUUCUUGGUGUCUCUGACGUCAUCGGUGUUUGUGGUGUCUGAGAUCAAAAAGUGGGUGCAAAGACAGGCAGACGCAGCCAAUGCACGCCAAUUCAACACACACUCAAAGAAACUGGCAGAAUCUCGGAGUGAAUAAACUCGCAAUCUAAUUGUGAAAAACAAGCUAUUACUAAGGUGCCGAGGAAUUCACUCAGCAACGAGUUUCUUCAAAGAUGCUCAGCGUAUGACUUCGAAACCUCCAAGUUUCGCAAAGAAAAAAUCUGCGCAUAGAUACUACUUAAUGUCAAUAUUGUAAAAACCAUCUCAAGUUUAAUAUUUUAACCUUUGUGCAUAAACUGCUUUGCUUGAAUGCACGUUUAAUUAAUUGUAAUUACUCAAUCAGAGCUCCAAGUCUAUUAAAAAAGUGCGAUAUUUACUCAAUGAAAUUGUAUUAAACUUGUCGAAAAUCUGUUGUUUAUUUUGAAAAAGCUGUCAGUUGGGAAAAGAAAACCAGAGAAAUUCGGAAAACCGGCACUUGUGAUUUGAUAACAUCCUCUGACAGCUUUGAUCUUCUUUUUGUUUGUUUUUAAUGAAAAUAUUAAAAUUUAGUGUUUUAUUGCAAAUAAUAGUUUCACUGAGCUGAACGGAUUGUAAUUUGUACCAUUUAACCAAAAUUCAAUAUAAAU